UAUUACUGUUUAACAAAAUGCAAAGUUUGAAGGACAGAAGAGCUAUGAUUGUCUCCCAUAAGAAUAUGGAGGAGGAAGACGUUUUAAACCAUGAACAUUUAAGUGAAAGUGGCCCAAAUAGCCAAAAUGAGAUCCUUCACCUUCCAGACGUAUGUUCCUUGUUGAAGAAUUCUCAAGUUGAUGUUAAUAGUAGCUUACAAAAGGAAUUCUUUUCUCUUAAGAUCAGGAAUUGUUCUUUAUUUAAGGCUGUACCUUUGCCUCAUAUUGGCAAGAAAAUGCCUCCUCAUUUGAGUGAACCAACAAGGUUAAAUUUAAGUGCAGCUGUCUCUUCAAAGGAUUCAUCUCAUCUGCUCUUUUCACCUGAGAGAGGACGACUUGAUAAGAUUUUUAACCACUUUGAUAGUACUUCUGUGACAGAUUGGCUGGAGAAAGCAUAUAAUUCCAUUAGUGACUUGAGUGUCUGAUGUUGCACUGGAGAUAACUUUGUACAUUUUGCACAUUUCUGGCUGUCAGAGCUACAGUACAAUCAAAAAAGGCAAUUGUUGGAAUUAGAAAUGGGUAUUAUUGAGGAUGAAUUGCAACUUGCAUUUCUUGAGGAGUUGGAUUCUGAACUGCAACCUUCUGAUCUGCAUUCCAUCCUUGCUGCCACAUUGAGUGAAUAUCCUAUGGGACUACUGAGCAACCAGAAACCGUAUAUUUUCCUUGACUAUUUAAACAUCAUGUCUUCAGAGCAAACAACUGCAUAUAAAAAAAUGCUUUCAAGUAUAAAAUAUACAACAAAUAAUCCUCAGGUAACACAGUGGCUACUAGCUGUACGAGCUUUUGCACUAGCAAAUCUCUGGCAUGCAGUAGUGAAGUUUUAUAAGGCAUUGGUCAGUACCAAGCUCGUUCCUGAACUACAUAUCAAGAGUUCUGUUUCUGCUACUACAAAGCAAACAAACAAAGUGGUUAAAGAAAGGUAAGAAAAUAAAAAAAUCUAAUAUUGAGAAUUAUCUAGUAACUUUUUAUAAACACGUUUCUUGACUGAAGUGGAACUUAAGCAAAUACUGCACUGCUCUUUUUAAAGAUCACUUUAAGUAUGUUUAAAACAAAUAUUGAAUAAUGCCUUGAGCCUUUUUUAUGUGCCUGCAGAGAACUAUGUGUAUAGGCAAAACCACAGCCAUGUGUUUGAAUGCUGUGUAAACUGUCUUGGCCCUUUAGUGUUAAACUUCAAAAAAGCAGUAGAAACUGUACUAAGUACCUGCUAGCCUUGAUAUUGGCAUUCAUGUAAAUUACAUGUAUACCUCACAAGGAAACUUUAUGGGCCCAGGCAAGGAAUACCUGCAACAUAUUGUGGGAACUGCUUGUUGUGGCUUAUUUUCUGAGUUUUGAGGAACAUAAGUGCUUCGACUGAACUUUUUAUGUUGCAUGCUUGAAAAAACGUGGACUUUCUUCAUAGGAGCAGGUCCUUAGCCUCUUUCUCAUACUUUUACCAGUUUAGCAGAGAAAAUGGUUUGGUCCUGUAUACUUCCCUCCUGCCCACAUCACUACCCUCUUCUGUUUUGGAUAGGCUCCUCUAUAUUUGGUUAUCGUAACAAAUGUUGACAGCGAAUUAACACUGACAUCUGUCAUGAGAGCUUAUCGGAGUUUACCUGUUAGUCUUAUGAGAUAUACCACCUCGGUGGUAAGUUUAUUUUGUUUGCUUUUUUUCUCUAAACCAGCUGCUUUGAAAAACAUUUACCUGACAGUCCAAAUCCCCACUGGUUUUAUUGUUGUGAUUGUGAAUUGUAAUCUUAUUUAUGUUGUCAGAUACUUGUGGCAUCAAAUCUAUCAAGGCCUGCAGCUAGUAACCAAAAUAACCAUGUUAUGCUGCUUGGGUUUCUUGGUAAGAUACUCUGUCAUGAGUUUUUAAGAGUUAUAUUGAACUGUCUGAAUAAACCUGGUUGCAAUCUUUUUCAUAAUGAUUGUGUUAAAUGAGGCAUAUUUUAUGACAUUGGCUUGAUCUUUUUUCUAUAAUACUUGAAAGAUGUUGAAGCCUUUAGACAAAGUAACUUAUUUUUAAAGUUCUACUUACUAAUCUUUAAUGUGGUGAACCUCUCUUGAAAUUAGACUAAAAUCUAUCAUUUCUCAUGUAAAAAUACAUGAUACACUUCCCCAAAUAAAUGAUUUAGAGGUCCACUUAUGAAAAUUCAGAGGAUGUUUUCUCUGACCCAUUCAUAUUUACUGAUAAAAAAUUUUUCAUGUUAAAUACAUUAAGGACAUGUGGCUACUUGUUUUGACGCCCAAAUGUCAGAAUAAUAGCCUGAAAGUGAUUGUUUGAACAUCAUGCUCUAAAUUUCAGUCCUUGAUUCUUUUUUCGGUUGAUUUUGGAUUGGUAUGUGUUUUGAGGCUGGUCCUGCAGUGCUUGUGCAACCAAAACUUCCCUUGACAUCAAGGGGAGUUUUGGAUGUCCACAGGAUGCAGUAUUAAGACCCAGGUUCAGCUGUUCAUUAAAGUGAUACUGCUAAUUUGAAACCUAAUCCAUUUCAAAAAGUGAUCUAAAGGAAUUUCAGAAAUGGUAUCAGAGACUGUAUAACCGUGCCCAUUUUUGUUACUACUUUUUAACAUGAAAAAAAGUCAUGUUUCUCUGGUGUGUGGAAGACCCAUACAGACUGAGAAACUGACUUAAAGUUAACAAACUGAAACAAACAACUCUAAUCUUUUGGUUAUAGUCAUCUUGAGUAUUUACCACCUACUGUUAUGACAAGUAAUUUUUUAAGUUGACAGUCUCUCUUUAAAAUCAACUCACUCUAGAUUAGCUAGUGCCUGAUCUUCACCACUGAAGUCAGUGGGAGCCUUGCCACUGGCUUCAAUUGACACAGAAUCCAUCCCCAAAUGGUGGGUAACAAUUUAGUUUUCAAUGCUUAUAUGCAUGGUAAUGUGAAUUGUCUUGGCUAUAAAUGCUAAAACUCUUACUAUAGGCUUUUGCAUACAAAACAACUAGAUACUCUUUUUGGUCAUGCUUUAAAACUCUUACUGCAACAUAAAGAAUUGAGAAGGUCUCCUAGAGUGUGUCAGCCCAAAAGGACUAUAAAUGUAUCUAAAUGUGGCAUACCCAUUUGGUGUAAGGAAAGAUGUUUACAAUAACUUUGUCUGUUUGAAACUCUUAUAUAAUACUCUAACUCGUGAGCGAGGAGUUUCUGUAGUUAACUUGAAAUUUUGUUCUGAGUGAAAGCAGGCUUUUUAAUAUAUAGCACUAGCACUAUAUACACUUAUAGAAGCUGAUGAAUUAUGAUGCUGCUUACUUACACCACAGGAGGAAGUUAAACAUCCAGCUUUUGAAUAAUUUUACUUACCUGACCGCACAGAUUUUUCCAGUAUAGUGUUUCAGUAGCCAAAUCCAUUCUCAAAUAUGCUGAAUGUAGCUUACUUCUAUGGAUUGUUACUGCAAUUUUGUGUAAAAAUGUAUAAAGUUCAAUACACAAUAGCAAUUUAUUGUGAUUGUUUACAGUUGAACUCUAAAUGCCAAUGAAUGGUUUUAUCAAACUGUUUAAAAAAGAA